AUGACCUCGAGCCUCAACGCCGUUCCGUGCGGCCUCGUGUGGACGAGUGUUCAAGGACCACAAUAUUUGCCCCCAAUAUCCAUUCGAGGGUCACAUCCUGAAAGUGAGCUCAAAUUUAGUGGUUUUAGUGCGUAUGAGGGGGAAUCUGAGAAGGAGGAGGAGAAGGAGGAGAUAACGUCAUCUAGUUUUGUCGCCGAUGACGACACAGAAAGCAAGGGCCUAAGUGCGGGAGAUGGGCCACCCACCAACCCAGAAUUUGAUCGUGAGUUUUUGAUGUCAAUUGGGACAAUUUACAAGCAUAAGACUGGAGAUGUGGAUGUAAAAGAUGUUCAGUUUUUCACUGGUGAUUAUAGAGUUGAGAAAGAGAAGGAAGAAAAGCCAAUGACUUUGAAAGAUUUUGAGCGUCAUGUAAUUGUAGAGCGCAAAGGAAAGUUUGAGGAAGAUGAGGUGAAUGCUGAAGAGAAUGGAACUGCAGUUCCAAAGAGUUUGAAAAAAUCAAGUUUGAUGAUGGACUUGAUGACAGUGAUGAUGACGACAGUGAUGGACUGCUUACAUCAGGUCUUUUCAAGCCCAAAGAAGAUAUGAGUGAGGAGACUCAGGAACCUCCAAAGAAUGAAGCUGUAGAAUUUGUUAAAGGUAAAAAAUCUGCAUUAGGUGAUGAAAAACAACAGAACAUACUAGAAACUGUAAAAACUGUAUGGAGCAGUGACAAGUUGUCCAAAAAAGAUAAAUGGUUGGUUGACUUUUUCCUCAAUGA